UCCCACGGCAAAUUUUCUCUAUCCUGGACAGUGGAGAAGCUACAGGCGCGAAAUCAAGUCUCCCUCAUCGGAUUCCAAUCCAAUAAACCACCCACAAACAUUCUUUCGCUGAUUGCCUGAUCGAACAUAUGAACUUUUGGCUUAUCCAGCAGCCAGAUGGCUCCGUGAUUCUUCCAUGUCUUCUUCUUCGUUCAUCAGGGGCUUGAAUUACCUUGAUAGCCAGAGAUUAUUUAUCUAUAAAAGAGAAUUUUGUUUGUUAACAUGGCUGUAGCAUCUUCAGCUACACUUUUCUCCUUCAUGAACCAUUCAAGCAGAGUUUGGGAAGAUCCUUCUUACUUCAAGUGGAGAAAGCGUGACGCUCAUGUACCAUUGCGGUCUCAUGAUACUAUUGAAGGUUCUCUCAGAUAUUGGUAUGAGCGGAGUAAUGUGGAUUUCUUGCUUUCCAACUCUGCAGUAUGGAAUGACGAGGCAGUUUCCGGUGCUCUUGAGAGUGCUGAAUUUUGGGUAAAGGGUUUACCCUACGUUAAGUCCUUAAGCGGAUAUUGGAAAUUCCUUCUUGCUUCUUCUCCUACAACCGUUCCUGUGAACUUCCAUGAUACUGGAUUUGAUGACUCAGUUUGGGAUUCAUUGCCAGUUCCUUCAAAUUGGCAGAUGCAUGGAUUUGAUUGCCCGAUCUAUACAAAUAUUACUUAUCCCUUUCCGCUUAAUCCACCCUAUGUUCCUGUGGACAAUCCAACUGGCUGUUACAAGAGGCAUUUUUGCAUUCCAAAGGAUUGGAAAGGCCGACGGAUCAUGUUGCAUUUUGAGGCUGUUGAUUCAGCCUUUUUUGUGUGGGUAAAUGGGAUCCUUAUUGGAUACAGGUUGGUCAUAGUGCAUGUUAUAAGCUCUAAUU